AUGACCAAGCGAACAAAGAAGGUCGGUGUUACCGGUAAAUACGGUACCCGUUACGGUGCUUCCCUGCGAAAGCAGGUCAAGAAGAUGGAAGUUACCCAGCACGCCAAGUACACCUGCACUUUCUGCGGAAAGGUCACCGUCAAGCGACAGGCUACUGGCAUCUGGGAUUGCAAGUCUUGCAAGCGCACCGUUGCUGGUGGUGCUUACACCGUUGCGUUCGUUCUCCCAACUCUAUCGGAUGAUGCAUAUCAGGAUGGACCACUAACCAAGAAUAGCACACCUGCCGCUGCCGCCAUGCGAUCGACUCUGCGACGUCUCCGAGAGAUUGCUGAGGUUUAA